UUUUUUUUUUUUAACAGAGAGAAGUAGCCGAUCACAGUUGAGCAGAGCUGCAAGUUAAGCUGACUCAUCAAUAAGAAUCAUGGUCGUCCUGUCGGUCCUCACGCCUGUCCUGGCGGUGGUCCUCUGCCUCGUGAUCGGAUUCAUGCUGGUGAGGUCAGCGCAGACAGAGACCACCUCCUCGACCUCCUCUGGAGAAACCGAACGGACCCCAAAGGCGGACUUUAGACCGUGGGUGGACCAGGACCUGCAGGACGACACAGAAAUCAAAGGGAGAGAGGAUGAGGAUGGUGAUUGGGUGGACAGUAAUGAGGAGGAAGAACUUCUACACGUGGCCUACUCAGCAUCAGUUUACCCAGAGGAGACGAUGCUGGAGAGAUCUAAGGAUUUUUACACUCAGAUGAACCAGCGGAGGAGUGUCCGAUUCAUCAGUCCAGAGCCAGUCCCACGAGAAGUCAUUAAUAAUGUUAUCCGCACUGCAGGUACGGCCCCUAGUGGAGCCCACACAGAGCCCUGGACGUUUGUCGUGGUGUCAGACCCGGAGACCAAGCACCAGAUCAGACUGAUUGUGGAAGAAGAGGAGGAGGUCAACUACCGUCAGAGGAUGGGGGACAAGUGGGUCCAUGAUUUGUCCAGAUUAAAGACAAACUGGAUCAAGGAAUACUUGGAUGUGGCGCCGUAUCUUAUCCUCGUCUUCAAACAGACCUAUGGGAUCCUACCGAAUGGCAAGAAAAGGACACAUUACUACAACGAAAUCAGUGUCUCCAUAUCGUGUGGCCUCCUGUUGGCUGCAUUACAGAACGUGGGUCUUGUCACCGUCACAUCGACGCCACUAAACUGCGGCCCCCAGCUCAGGCUCCUCCUCAAACGGCCAGCCAAUGAGAAGCUGUUGAUGUUACUUCCUGUAGGUUACCCUGCUUCUGACGCCACAGUGCCUGACCUGAAACGCAAGCCUCUGGAUGAUAUCAUGGUGCACAUAUAACAGAAUCAGUCUGUGGAGAAAACAUUUUCCUGUUUUUCGCCCUGCAGCUGAAAAAUCAACCAAAUAAAUACCUAAUGUGAUAAGAAAUGUU